AUGGCUAGCCCUACUGUUCUCACCUUUGAUGCUGAGGGGCGUGCAGUUGACUUUGACGUGUGGGUUGACGACCUGCAGCUCUUUCUUCAGUGUGACUCUAGGGAUGGGGUAUCCCUUUUCGAUCACACGUCUGGUGUCUCCACUGCUCCUACUGCCACUGCUGACAGUGCUGUUCGCUCGCAGUGGACCACUCAUGACCCUGUUGCUCGCCUUGCUGUUCGCAGUCACCUGCCGCCUGCUGAGCGCGCGCAUUUUGGCCAGUACAAGACUGCCAAGUCUUUGUACGACGCUGUAGUUGCGCGCUACUCCUCCCCUGCCACUGCUGCCCUCAGCCGCCUCAUGCUGCCGUACCCUUUCCCUGACCUUGCCGCCUUUGCCACAGUCGCUGACCUCAUUACUCACCUCCGCACUAGUGACGCCCGCUACCGCGCUGCCCUUCCCACUGAGGACCACUUUCUCUCUCUUUGCCCCACUGAGCUCACUGUCGACCUGCUAGAGGAGAGCCUCGCUGCAGUUGAGAAGAGUAUCUUAGCUGUAGGUGCUUCUCGCGGCGACCGUCGCACCCCUUUCUUUGAGGGGUGUUCCCCUGUCCCCCUUCUCCCCUCUGUUGCUUCUGCUGCUGCUGUCGACCUCGUUGGCACUGAGGAGGUCGGGGCUGCGUCUGCUCCUAGUGGGAGGCACCGCAACACCAAGGGCAAGGGGAACAAGGGUGGUGGAGGGGAUGGGGGGGGCGGCGGCGGAGGCGGUGGAGGAGGCAGAGGGGGUGGCGGUGGCGGUGGGGGUGGGGCCGGGAGUGGGGGCUUCAGUGGCGGCGGUGGAGGUGGUGGAGGCAGCGGCGGAGGUGGUGGAGGCAGCGGUAGCGGUGGUGGAGGCAGCAGCGGCGGUGGCGGAGGUAGCGGUGGCGGUGGUGCUGGUCGAGGUGCAGCCGCGCAGCGUGGAGGCCUUGGUGGUAGCCAGCGCCAGCAGCAACCGCGUUCCCGUGAGACCCCGUCGACCCAGAAGCUUCGUGAGUGGUACGCUGGGCGUGGGAGGUCUGGGGGUGCUGGUCCCUGCACUUACGUUCUUCGCACUGGCAGUCGUCAUGGGGAGACGUGCGGGCUGCCACACACUGCGCAACACUGCUUCGGUCGCCUGACUGACGCCUGGCGCGCCCAGAUUCCUAACGCUGUUGAGCUCCCUCGCUGGGGUGAUCUGCUUAGGCACAAUGUGGCUAUCGUUGAUCUUGAUUUCGAUGCUAUCCUUGCUGCCAUGUAUGCUUUGACAGAUAGUGCUGAAGGUGACUGUUACCUGAGUGUCCCGCCCGACCCGGGCAUUGAGGUUGCUGCUCUAGGUGCUAGUGUGUCUGCUGCUCCAGGUACUGGCGAGUCUGCUGCUCCAGGUGCUGGUGAGUCUGCUCUCUCUGGUACAGCACCUGCUGAGGCCUUGCACACUUUCACACUUGACUCUGGUGCUUCGCGCUCUUUCUUUCGCGACAGCACCACACUCACGCCGCUUAGUCGGCAUGUCGCAGUCUCCCUGGCUGACCCCUCUGGGGGCCCAGUCCUUGCGCACUCUUCCACGGUUCUACCGUGUCCUGCGGCCCUGUCGGGCUUGCUGUCGGGACUCCACCUCCCCUCGUUCUCUACGAACCUGGUGAGUGGAGCUGACCUCCAGGACACGUGGGUUGACCAGUUCGCCCCUGGAGAUCAGCGUGUGACCCACUGCACUUGCUCUCGGACGGGCCGCCACCUGGCCACGUUCACCCGUCGGCCAGGGUCGAGUCUGUACACACUGACUACUGCGUCUCCUCCGGUCUCUGCGUCUGGUCAGGUAGCCGCGUCUAGUCAGGUGUUUGCUGCCGUGUCCAGGUCUAGUCCUGCGUCUGCCCCCUGCUCGUGUCGUCCUCUGUCGCACGAGACUCUCCUUUGGCACCACCGCCUUGGUUACCCCUCCCUGCCUCGUCUUCGAGGUAUGGCCUCCCGUACCCUUGUCUCGGGUCUUCCCCGGUCCCUCCCUCCCCUUCCUCCGGGGCCUGCCCCUACCUGUGUUCCCUGUGUCGAGGGCCGGCAGCGCGCCGCUCCUCACUCCUCCACGUUCCCUCUGACAGAGGCUCCCCUGCAGACUCUUCACAUGGACGUGUGGGGCCCAGCCCGCGUCCGUGGACAGGGUCACAAGCGUUACUUCCUACUGGGCGUUGACGACUACUCGCGUUACACCACAGUCUUCCCCUUGCGCAGCAAGGGUGAGGUCCCUAAGGUGUUGAUCGACUAUAUCCGCGGUGCUCGUCGCCAGCUCAGCGAGCGUUUCGGCUCGGACCUUCCUGUUCUGGGUCUGCACUCAGACAGAGGUGGUGAGUUUUCCUCCGACCUCCUGAGGGCCUUCUGUCGUGCGGAGGGCAUCUGCCAGACGUUCACGCUUCCGGCCUCCCCACAGCAAAAUGGGAUUGCUGAGCGCCACAUUGGCAUGGUCAUGGACGUCGCUCGUACGUCCAUGAUCCAUGCGGCUGCGCCCCAUUUUCUGUGGCCGUUCGCGGUUCAGUACGCUGCGCAUCAGAUCAACCUUCAGCCUCGUGUCUCCUUGCCUAAGACCACACCUACUCUGAGGUGGACGGGGAAGGUUGGCGAUGCGUCCGCGUUCCGUAUCUGGGGAUCUCGAGCUUUUGUCCGCGAUACUUCAGCGGACAAGCUGUCCUCCCGUGCCGUUCCCUGCGUCUUCCUUGGCUUCCCCCUUGAUGCACCCGGGUGGCAGUUUUACCACCCCACCUCGCGUCGUGUUCUGUCCUCUCAGGACGUCACACUUGACGAGUCGGUGUCUUACUACCAUCUCUUUCCGUACCGCACUGCCUCUCUCCCCCCCCCGACACUCUUCCUAGUGCCAGGUACUCCUCCGGUAGACCCCCUCCCCCCUCAGGGUCCUGCCCCCUCAGGUGUGUCUCAGGUAGACCCUGCCGAGCCGGUCGAGGUAGCUGUUGACUCAGGUGCUGCCAGGGGUGCUGAGCCUUCGGGUGCGGGGCCUGGGGGUGCGGAGCCUGGGGGUGCUGAGCCUGAGCGUGUGGAGUCUGGGGGUGCUGAGCCUGAGCGUGUGGAGCCUGGGGGUGCUGAGCCUGAGCGUGUGGAGCCUGGGGGUGCUGAGUCUGGGGGUGCUGAGUCUGGAGAUGCUGAGCCUGCGCGUGCUGAGUCUGGAGGUUCUCCGGGUGUCCCGUUGCGGCGGGAGCCCCUCUCUCCACAGCGGCUUCGUGAGUGGUACGCUUGGCGCUGUUGCCGUGCUCCUGGAGCUGCUGGUGCUGGAGCUACUGGAGGUGCUGCUGGUGUUGGAGCUGCUGGAGGUGCUCCUGGUGCUGGAGCUGCUGGAGGUGCUGCUGGUGCUGGAGCUGCUGGAGGUGCUGCUGGUGCUGGAGCUGCUGGAGGUGCUGCUGGUGUUGGAGCUGCUGGAGGUGCUGCUGGUGCUGGUGCUGCUGGAGGUGCUGCUGGUGCUGGAGCUGCUGGAGGUGCUGCUGGUGCUGGAGCUGCUGGAGCCGCUGGUCUUGCAGGUGCUUGUACUGGAGGUACUGGAGCUGCUGGGGCUGGUGGUACUGCUGGUGUUGGAGCUGCAGGUACUGGAGCUGGUGGUGCUGCGGGAGUUGUUAGUGGAGACCCUGGAGCUGAGGGUACUGGUGCUGUCUCUUCUAUUUCUGGAGGCGCUGCACGGCCGCAGCUGUACUACGUUCCGCUCCUUCAGCAGCGUGUCCCUCUGCCGUCUCCUCCUGCGUCCUCUCUUCAUGACGGUCCGGACCCGGAGUCUGACUCCCUUCGUGCUUCUAGUCCUACUGUCACACGCUUUCUGGCCACUGCUGUCAAUGGCCCUUUGUUUGAGUCCACUGCUGCGUCUGCUCUCGUUGCUGAGCUUGUUGACUUUGGUGAAGCCUGUCGCCUAGACUUCGCCACUAGUCUUGUUGCUGAGUCUGUGUCUGCGUCUGUCUGUCCUUUGUCCGUCGGGGGUGAGUGUGCUCUUGGCACGGACGUUCUUGAGGACAGACAGGAGGAGUUUGAGUGCUUUGCCGCUGCUGUACCUCAUCUCAUGUCCAUGCUGCUUGCCCCUGAGGGAGACCCGGAUGCACCAGACAUCCCGACCCCGCGCUCUUACGCAGAGGCGAUAGAGGGUCCCUACUCCUCUCAGUGGCAGGCAGCCAUGGAUGCCGAGAUGGCUUCCUGGAAGUCCACAGGCACCUACGUCGACGAGGUUCCCCCACCUGGGGCGAAUAUCGUCAGUGGCAUGUGGAUCUUCAGGGUGAAGCGGCCGCCGGGUUCUCCGUCUGUCUUCAAGGCGCGUUACGUUUCACGUGGCUUCAGUCAGCGACAGGGAGUUGACUUCUUCCAGACCUUCUCCCCUACCCCGAAGAUGACCACUCUUCGGGUACUGUUGCACGUCGCCGCUCACUGUAACUACGAGCUCCACUCGCUUGACUUCAGCACAACCUUCCUACAGGGCAGCCUGCACGAGGAGAUCUGGCUGCGCCGCCCACCUGGCUUCACUGGUUCGUUUCCUACAGGUACCCAGUGGAGCCUCCGGCGGCCAGUCUACGGUCUCCGCCAGGCACCCCGUGAGUGGCACGACACACUGAGGGCGACUCUUGCUACUCUUGGUUUUGCUCCUUCCAUUGCUGACCCGUCACUGUUUUUACGCACUGACACCACUCUGCCGCCGUUCUACGUUCUCGUGUACGUAGACGACCUCGUCUUUGCUACUGCUGACACUGAGGCACUCGCCCACGUGAAGUCUGAGCUGCAGAAGAGACACACGUGCACAGACCUGGGCGAACUGGCAAGCUAUCUUGGCUUGCGGAUCACUCGGGACAGAGCACAGCGCACCAUUACCUUGACUCAGUCACACAUGGUGCAGUAG